CUUUGGGGGUUGUGAGGCAGGCUGACAUGAGGGCGAGGGGAUGGAGGAGAAGGAAUGCUGAGCUUCUUGGAGAAAGGAACGGGGGAAUAAUACAUAUAUGUGUGUGUGUGUGUGGAUAGUGCCAUUAAUGUGUGGUGCUUUACGGAGUAACAGCAAAAAGACAGGUCCUUCCCCUGAGUUUACAGUCUUAAAAAACAAGCAGAUUGGUCGAAAAGACCGAAGCCUCUAGUCAAGGUUAUGAGUGGGAAGGAGGAGGGGUGGAGUCUCUGCGAAGAGGGUAUGCAAGGAAUGAGAACAGGAGGGAAGCUCCUUUCUGGGGAAGGAAAUGGAAGGAUUAGAGCCGUGGGGUUGCAACACUCCUAUUUAGAGGCUUGGUGUGUGUCAGAGGGGUAGUCUGCAAGGGAGGCAAUGUGGAGAUAUUGGAGCGUGGCUGAAGACUGACUGUUGGAAGCCGGCGCUGGAGUGCGGGGUGGGGGAGCGAAAUAGCGAAUGUUAGUUUACAGGGGAAUUUGUCAGGCACCUGAGAGACUGGCUGGGAAGCCUCUGACCAGGGGAGGCAGCAAACUUUUGUUUUUUGAAAGAAGAAAGCAAGCAAGAAACAAAUAAAUCAACAAGAAAACAAGGGGGAAAGGACAAGAUCCUGCCUGCAGAGAAGAAUGAUGACCUAGUCUGAAUGAGGUGGAGUGGGAAGAAGAUGGGCCACUGUGAGAGAUUCCUUCAGAAGAGCAAAUCCAAGUUAACCUUCUUUUGUUGCUGUCCAGGAAGGAAUUUUACUGCAGAAGGGUUUUGGCAUCGGUGAUGAGAAAUGGGGUAUGAUGUAGCACGUUUUCAAGGGGAUGUUGAUGAAGACCUUAUAUGCCCCAUCUGCAGUGGGGUCUUGGAGGAGCCAGUGCAGGCUCCUCAUUGCGAGCACGCCUUCUGCAAUGCCUGCAUCACCCAGUGGUUCUCCCAACAGCAGACUUGCCCUGUGGACCGAAGUGUCGUGACCGUGGCUCACCUGCGCCCUGUUCCCCGGAUCAUGCGUAAUAUGCUGUCUAAGCUGCAGAUCACGUGUGACAACGCUGUUUUCGGUUGUACUGCCGUAGUGCGACUCGACAACCUGAUGUCUCACCUCAGUGACUGUGAACACAAUCCAAAGCGGCCUGUGACUUGUGAACAGGGAUGCGGUUUGGAAAUGCCCAAAGAUGAGUUGCCGAAUCACAACUGCAUCAAACACUUACGGUCAGUGGUGCAGCAGCAACAGACAAGAAUAGCUGAGCUGGAAAAGACUUCAGCAGAACAUAAGCACCAGCUGGCAGAGCAGUCAGCUUUGCAGGCACAUUUGAAACGUGACAUUCAGUUGUUGAAGGCAUAUAUGCGAGCAAUACGUAGCGUCAACCCCAACCUGCAGAAUCUGGAAGAGACUAUUGAAUACAAUGAAAUCCUAGAGUGGGUCAACUCUUUACAGCCUGCCCGGGUGACACGGUGGGGUGGCAUGAUUUCCACACCAGACGCAGUACUCCAGGCUGUAAUCAAGCGUUCGUUGGUGGAGAGUGGCUGCCCCACAUCCAUCAUCAAUGAGCUGAUUGAAAAUGCCCAUGAACGGAACUGGCCGCAGGGUCUGGCCACCCUAGAAACCCGACAGAUGAAUCGGCGCUAUUAUGAAAACUAUGUGGCCAAACGCAUCCCAGGCAAGCAGGCUGUGGUAGUGAUGGCCUGUGAGAACCAACACAUGGGUGAGGAGAUGGUGCUAGAGCCAGGCCUGGUGAUGAUAUUUGCACACGGAGUGGAGGAAAUCUAAAGACUUAACGGAGAUGAUGAUAAAACGAUGUGCUUGAAAGUAAAAUAUACCAUGUCCAAGCCCUGUUGAUCCUGCCCCACUAUACUGUGUCAGGGCAUUAUUCCUCUCUCUGUUGAUUAAAACGCCACUUCCUAAAUAUGCUGAGCAGGUGCCCAGCAACUUAUGCAAAACGCCAUGCUGCAUUCCCUCCUCCUUGUGAUAAAUUAGCCCCAGUCUGGUAUUGACGCAGGUUUCCAAAUCUCUACAAAAAGCACAAGAAACUCCUCUGUGCUCCAGAAAUAACAGUGGGCUUCUGUCGGAAAAGUCUUCAGAGAAGUCCUUGAUCUCUUGACACGUCUGCAUUGGCCCAGCUGGCUCUGCUCCAGUCCUGGGAGUGUGACAGGCUGGUAGAUCCCAGCUUAACAUUUUCCAGAGCCGAAAGUUAUUCUGAAGACUUUUUUCUCCCCCUCCUUUCUCUUGUUCUUGAAGGCAUCUCUGUGCAGGCCACACAUUUUUUCCAUCAUGGUCCAUAGUGCCCAACUCUCACGCAGUACCUUUAAAGGCACCACUCUGUAGCCUUUAUGGGAGGGUGGGGAGGGAGUACAAACACGAGACCACAGAUGCCAAACUGGGGAUGCAAGUAAUGCCAAAUAAAAUGCACAUGCUAGUACUGAUGUGUGUUGGCGUGAAAGGUGUUGUGGAGCCAAAAAGCAGCCCUGUCGGAAGGACAAUCUCUGCAAUUCACUUGGGACACGUGGCCUUAUGUUGCCCAGGAGAUGACCCUUCCUUUUCAAAUGGGGCCUGGUUUUCAGCAUGGGGAUAGCAUUCUUUAGCAAUGCGCUGCUGCUGUGGAGUAAAAUGGAGUUCUCGUCUCGGAACCUGGACGGUUUUCUUCUUCCUUGCACUCCCAAAGUGUUGCUGAUGAUGUUGAGUGCUCUGCUGACUUCAGCCCUUCCUUAUAGGAUGCAAGCCUCCAAGCAGGCACUUGGUUCAGCCUGAUCAGAAAUGAGCUCCGUUUAAUUACGUGUGCCACUUAAGGUUGCCUCAACUUUAUGACCUUGAAAAGGAAAAGAGAGAAACAUUAACCUGGAUGAAACUGUCUUGUCAUUGUAUGUUGGCUGUUUUGAUAAAUCUGUGUGUAAUUUUUUGUUUGACAUCUUGAUGAUUGUGUUCAGUAUUUUUGUACUACUUUUGCCUUUGUAUGUUUCCCUUAUUUUAUUUUUAAAUACAGUGGCCCAGGAAUGUCUUCAGGUCCAAGUUUAGUUUACCUGUCAAACUUAUUUAUUUGUAAUUUUUUACAUCAACUUUAUCUUUUGUGUUGCUUUAAGUUUUUUCUUUGCUUUUAAGCAUUUGUGCUGGAAUUGGUGGAGCAAGGAAUUAAUGCAUCAAUAAAGGCACAGUUGGACUUGUUCUGAUCAAGCCUUGACAGUACCAUCCCUUUUGAACAACAUUGCUUCCUGAAUAUCCUCAACUGGGCAGAAACUUUGAAACAAGGUUUAAUUCCUUGUGUUAUCGGUGCCUGAAAUGGUUGCUGUUACUGCUCAUAUAAGGGAUCCACAAUUGAAAUUGACCAUAGCAGUAGUCACCAGUGUAGAGUUGGGAUCACUUUGCAAACAGUUGUGUCUGCAAAGUUCUGGGACAGAGGGAGCUCCUGGAAACCAUCAUGAGGAAUGAUGGCCACCUGAGAAUUCUACCUCCACUCCCCCAUAAUGUAUUAUAGUAAGCGGCUCAGUUCUACAUAGUGAUCCUGUGGUGAAACUCUACAAGUGUGUGGAUAUGGUUUUCACAAGAAUAGAUAGCCUCCAGUCUGGCCCCCUUGCUGGGAAACUUGAAGAAAGAUGCCUUCCUAGGAAGACUUCAGUCCCCUAACAAAAACUACUCCCAUUCCUCUCCAGAAACUGCAUAAUUCCUAUGAAUAAAUUGCAUGACUAAUGCAGCUUAGCUUUGCUUAUGACCUUGAAUAUACACCAGGCAGAUGCUCUUUCCAGUUCCCUUCUGUGGGAAUAGCUUGUGCUUUGGAGACUCUCAAUGUGCAACAGCAAUCCAGUUUGGUGGCCUUUCCUUUUUUCUUUUUCUUUUUCGCAAACCAGUUCUUUGGAUUUUUGUGUUUUUCACCUCAGCUCUAUCCUGUUCAGUUGUUCUUCCAUUUUGUUCUUUGCUGGCACACUGCUUGUGCUCACAACCCUUAUGUGGAACUUUUGCUUUAGAAAUGGAGUCCUUGGUAUUGUUUCCAUUGGUGUUUUGGCUGUUACAACUGUGACUGUGUGAGCUGCUCCUUCAAGUAACUUUACAGUACUUCUGUUUGGUAACUCGUGUUUUAUAAAACACCUGGAAUGUGCUUCAAAAGUUGGGUCAGUUUUAGGGAUGGAAUGGGUUGUGCUUGUAUUCAUGUCAGUGACAUGACAUGCUUUGAAAGGGAAUCUGUUGGUUGAAAGUAAUUCGAACAGUCCCUGAUGCUCAGGAAUUUGAAAAAGCUGCUAAAUCCAACCUAAUAACUGCAUCUUGCGUUAAACUAUUUCACUAUUCUCCUAAUCCACCUUGGUUUUUCCUAUGAUGUCUUGCUGUCACUCUCCUUUGUGCUCUGAAAUAUACCAUAGAAUUUCAGUCAUGUCUCCCUCCAGUAUGCAAGUUGCUGACUGCAUUUUGUGUUUUGCUGUUCAAUUGUGUUGACUGCACUAAUAAACUGCCUUUUUCCUGACUUA